GUGUUUCACUGUAAGCACACUGCUAAGCACAGCCAUGCAAAUCAGUGUUUACAAGCUGACAGGGAGGAGAACUGUCUUGUUUACAAACAGUUCUACUCCCCCCCAUCGGAGAUGCUCGGCAAUCACUGGCGCCGGCGAGUAAUCACCAACCGGGAUCCAGUGAUGUACAGCCACAGGACACAAUGUAAAAAACCACACACAGCACACAGUUAACCCUUUGAUUGCCCCACAUGUUAACCUUUUCCUGCCCAGUGCCAUUAGUACAGUGUCAGUGCUUUUUAUUAGCAUUGAUCACUGUAUUGGAUAACUGUGGGGAUGUCAGUGACGCCAAGUCAGUUGCCCCCAGUGUCAGAAUGCCUGCCGCAGUCCCUCUA